GCCCGGGGAUGCGGAGGCGGCGGCGGCGGCUGGCGGAGACGAUGCUCCGGAGCUGAGGAGACGCGGCACCCCCCGAGCGCCGGCCGGCCAGCGCAGCGACGUGGGCCGCAUGGCGCAGCCCUCCAGUCCGGGCGGCGAGGGGCCGCAGCUCGGCGCCACGGGGGGCCCCCGGGACUCGCUGAGCCUGGAGGAGAUCCUGCGCCUCUACAACCAGCCCAUCAACGAGGAGCAGGCGUGGGCCGUGUGCUUCCAGUGCUGCGGCUCCCUGCGCGCCGCCGCCCGCCGCCAGCCCCACCGCCGGGUGCGCUCGGCCGCGCAGAUCCGCGUCUGGAGGGACGGCGCCGUCACCCUGGCGCCCGCCGCCGGCGAAGAGGGAGAGCCGCCCCCCGCCUCCGGUAAAUUGGGAUAUUCACACUGUACAGAAACAGAGGUUAUUGAGUCCCUGGGAAUUAUUAUUUAUAAAGCACUGGACUAUGGCUUGAAGGAAAAUGAAGAAAGGGAGCUGAGCCCUCCUCUGGAGCAGCUCAUCGACCAAAUGGCCAACACUGUGGAGGCUGAUGGUAACACCGAUGAGGGGUAUGAGGCUGCAGAUGAAGGCCUGGAAGAUGAAGAUGGAGAAAAGAGAAACAUCUCAGCUAUUCGGUCCUAUCAAGAUGUCAUGAAGAUAUGUGCUGCUCAUCUCCCAGCUGAGUCGGAGGCACCAAAUCAUUAUCAGGCAGUAUGUCGAGCACUGUUUGCAGAAACCAUGGAACUGCAUACAUUUCUGACCAAAAUUAAGAGUGCGAAGGAGAAUCUUAAGAAGAUUCAAGAAAUGGAAAAGACUGAUGAAUCUAGCCCAGAUCUGGAGGACCUGAAAAAUGCGGACUGGGCACGAUUCUGGGUACAGGUGAUGAGGGAUUUGCGAAACGGGGUCAAACUUAAGAAGGUCCAACAGCGGCAGUACAACCCGUUGCCGAUUGAAUACCAGCUCACCCCUUAUGAGAUGCUCAUGGACGAUAUUCGGUGCAAAAGAUACACCUUGAGGAAAGUAAUGGUAAAUGGUGACAUUCCCCCUCGGUUAAGAAAGAGUGCUCAUGAGAUCAUCCUUGACUUCAUCAGAUCAAGACCCCCUUUAAAUCCAGCCUCAGCCAGAAAAUUGAAACCAACCCCACCACGACCUCGGAGCCUCCAUGAAAGAAUAUUAGAGGAGAUCAAAGCAGAAAGAAAGCUGCGGCCUGUCUCACCAGAAGAGAUUAGACGGAGCCGACUAGCAGUGCGGCCACUUAGCAUGUCUCACAGUUUUGACUUGUCAGAUGUCACUACCCCAGAAUCUCCAAAGAAUGUUGGGGAAUCAUCUAUGGUGAAUGGAGGCUUAACAUCUCAAACAAAAGAAAAUGGGGUAGGUGCUGCCCUGCAAGGGCCUGCACAGCGGAAGAAGCUUCUCAAAGCCCCGACCCUGGCUGAGCUAGACAGCUCUGACUCUGAGGAGGAAACCCUGCACAAGUCCACCAGCAGCAGCAGUGCGUCUCCCUCCCUCUAUGAGGAUCCGGUACUGGAGGCCAUGUGCACAAGGAAGAAGCCUCCGAAAUUCUUGCCCAUCUCGUCAACACCCCAGCCAGAGAGACGGCAACCACCCCAGAGGCGCCAUUCCAUUGAAAAGGAAACACCCACGAAUGUGAGGCAGUUUCUGCCGCCGUCCAGGCAGAGCUCACGCUCUCUUGUUCCUAGGAUAACCAGUGUAUGGCCCAGGACGCCUUUCCGACCACUUUUCUCUACCAUACAAACAGCUUCUCUGCUGAGCUCUCAUCCUUUUGAAGCAGCCAUGUUUGGGGUAGCAGGGGCUAUGUAUUAUCUGUUUGAGAGAGCUUUUACCAGCAGGUGGAAACCCUCAAAGGAGGAAUUCUGCUACCCAGUGGAGUGCCUCGCUCUCACUGUGGAGGAAGUGAUGCAUAUUCGUCAGGUCCUGGUGAAAGCGGAGCUGGAAAAGUACCAACAGUAUAAGGAUGUCUACACUGCCCUGAAAAAAGGAAAGCUCUGCUUCUGUUGCCGAACCCGGAGGUUUUCCUUCUUCACGUGGUCCUACACCUGUCAGUUCUGUAAGAGGCCCGUGUGCUCACAGUGUUGUAAAAAGAUGCGGCUGCCCUCCAAGCCAUAUUCUACUCUACCUAUCUUCUCGUUGGGGCCUUCUGCCUUGCAGAGGGGGGAGAGUUGUACAAGGUCAGAAAAGCCCUCCACUAGUCACCAUCGGCCACUUCGAAGUAUCGCCAGGUUUUCCUCAAAAUCGAAGUCGAUGGACAAAUCAGAUGAAGAACUCCAGUUCCCCAAAGAGUUCAUGGAGGAUUGGAGUACAAUGGAGGUCUGUGUAGACUGCAAAAAGUUCAUUUCUGAAAUCAUCAGCUCAAGCCGGCGCAGCCUGGUGUUGGCCAACAAAAGAGCCCGGUUGAAAAGGAAGACACAGUCUUUCUACAUGUCCUCGGCAGGCCCCUCGGAGUACUGCCCCUCAGAAAGGACUAUCAAUGAGAUCUGAGCCCUGUGCCUUCCCUUUGCUCUUGUGUCCAGAGGCGCUUCAGUGCAUCCGUGCUGCAGGACUCUUCCCGGGGUCUGACCUGACAGGCUCCAUCUGCAGCAGGGCAGGCUUGUGCUGCACCUGUGGCACAGACAGACUCAAGGCUGUGUUCAGAUCGCUCGAUGGUACGAGGCAGGUCAGCCAGUUGCUCAUUUGCACUCAGAAAGCCUAAAACUUGAUUGAUUUUGUGUAUGUGAAUAGGGAAGCCAGAAACUUCCUGAGUUCAGUUUCUCAAUGUUCUUCAGAUAAUUUCCUAAGGCAAAAAGCUGCUUGUGUGUGAAGUCAGUCUGACAGAGUGUUGAUGUUAGCACAGUUGUAAGCAGUAAGUCAUAUUGGCAUUCCACUUGACAGUGUUCCUAUCCAUGUAUAUAACGGUCCAAAGCCCUGCCACACACCGGCUCCCUGGGGUGGGCCAGGUUGGCUAUUGUCUCACAGCACAAACCUUGAAGGCCUUGCUGAUAAUUCUCCUACUUUGGGGCUCUGGCUGCAUCCAGUGCAGAACAUCCAAGUGGGCCGGACAGGUAGCCGCUUCCCUGAGUUGCCUGGUCUGCCCAGGCACCAUGCCUCACUGUCCCUGAGCUGCUUACAGGGCCCUCAUUCCCUGUUGUGAAUGUAUAUGGUUCUGGAAAGUUUUAUAACACACGUUUAAGAAUUAAAAUUUUGUGGACGUUUGAGGAAAAAGGAAGACUAAAAUUUUGUCAAGCAGCUAAAUGUGUUUUGAUAAACUGUGACAGGCUGUGACCGCAGAGGGUGCCACAGAAAAGAGCUACAUCUCAUACGGUUUUAGCAACAUUUUCCAUAACUUUCUAGUGUGGCCAUUGUGACUAAAUUAACCACAGUUUGGUACCUGAGUCUCAAACUGAAGUUUAUUUUUAUAAAUGAAUUUUAAAAGAAAAAUCCUGGCUGUUUAAAUUUUCAAGAAAAUUAACCUGCUGCCGUGCAUAACUUUUGGAUGCUUUUUGCACUAGUUGUCUUGUAAAUGUUCCUAAGUUUCUGACAAAGGGCAGUUGGCAGGUAGUGUUAUGCACCUGAAAUUCCUCAGUUCCUGUGACACAUGCCAUGGGCUGUCCCUCAUUUCCAUAUGCUUAGAAAUAACCAGUCAGUCAGAUUGCCACUAAUGGUUGGAAAAUCAGUUAUGGCACAUGCACAGUAAUUCCUGAAAGCUAUUAAAAAGCACUCUCACACACCACUGAUGACAGCUCCAUUUAAUGAUGAAAGGCAUGACAGUUGCAUUUCAUACCAACAUCAAGAUAAAGUAACAUUGCCACAUUAAAUUGACAGUGACACCUCAGAAAUGCUCCAGUAGUCAUUUCUAAUGCAUUGAAAUUUAUAGUUUAGUAAAUGGCUUUAAAUUACUUAUACUGACGAAAUAAACUUUACCAAUUGACUAAAGUAAUGCAUGUUAGUAGUUCCUCUGUACUGCAUGUAGAAGUGGGCCACCAGAAAACCCUUACCAACUACAUUCCGGCUGUGUUUAAGACUUGUUUAAGAGCUGUAAAAGCUGUAUUGUGUAAAUCCCAGUUACACAGUUUCCCCUGAGACCAUCUGAACUUUACACUGCUCUUAAAAUUUUUAAGUUCUAAAACCAGAACAAAACAAGCCUGACCUCCUGGAAGGGAGCACGGCAGAAGGAAUGGAGGUCCUUGUGUAGGUUUAUAAGCAUGCGUCUAGGGUAACAUGCUUCUGUAAAACGGUGACUAAUUACUGUCUGACUUCCCACAGAAGACACUGAGCCACACCCCCAAGUGAAAAUUUCAUUCCCAUUCACAAAUCAAUGACCUAGUAAACCUCAUGGAUUUGACCUCAUUCCUUCAGGCUUAUAGUACUGUGCAUAGUGAUUUGGGCAUUGUGGACACUUUUACUAGAGCAUCAGGAUGUAAAUCUUUCAGCACAUUUGCCAAGUGUGUUAAAGAGUUCAAGUAUAUGCCAUGCUCAGUAAAACAACCUACAAGAAGGGGUGGAAAAAUGGCACAUGACAUGGUGGAAAUGGUAGAAUAAAACUACUGUUGUUCGAGGAACACCAAAACAGAUGUGUGUGUUUAACUCCUCCUUGGCUACAGGACAGACUUUCUUCCCCAGCACUCAUAAUAAGCUAGGAUUCCAUAGGCUAAGCACUCCAGAGCUGGCUCAGCUUGUGCGGCUUGCUUUAGAAGUCCUGGCUGACAGUGGUCAGCUUCCUGUCCCCAGUAACCUCCAUCUGCAGGCCCUUUGUCCUGCUUCCUUCCCUGCUGUGCUGCUGUUCCAGUUCACAGUUGUUAUGCCUGACCCCAGAGUAUGAUGCCUCUCCUGAACACAUCUGGAUAUGGUCCCUUCCUGACCCCUCCAGGCAUGAGCACCAGUUCCCAUAGACCAUGAGGUCAGAGUAUGUAAAAAUGCUUGUAAAUAUUGUAACAUAUUCAUUAAUAUUUGAAAGACAUUUGUUAUCGGCAGUGGGAAUUAAUUCUCUCAAGAAAAGUAAAAAUUAAAUAAUUGAUUUGUACAUUGACUUAAUUACUAGAUUUCAAGUCUCAGCCCUUUCAAAUUAAACCAGAAAGUUGUUAUUGCAGUAGUUCUAAAAAUGAUCUGUGUUGAAGAAAUGUGUGGUUAGUACCAUGAACUCAACACUAUGAAGUUUGUAAGGUUUUUAUUUUUCUAACUACUAAUAGAGGGCUGGAGUUUAGGUGAAUAUAGGAAUCAUGAAAGUUUUAAAUUACAUUGCUAUUUGUUAAAAUAAAACAAAAAAUUUACACAUUGAA